AUACUCCUCCUCGUCCAAUGGCGUAGCCCAAGCCCAGCUGCCCACGUGCCGCCAUCGGUAGCGGAAGAGUCAAAAAACACCACAGAGGCAGUUGAGAAGCCUGAUCUUUAUCCUCCCAUUGGGCAGAUUCCCUGGUGGACAUCGGAACAAUUGCGGCCCAAGUUUGCCUACGCCCAGUAUGCCACCAACUUGGACUAUCUCUGCAACUCGGUCAUCAAUUUUAGGAAGUUGCGCAGAUAUGGGGCCAAGUAUGACUUGGUCCUCAUCUACCCGACGGGGUGGUCGGAAGGCACUUCAAGGGAAGCAAAGGCCAUUUCCAAGAUCCGAGAACAUCUUCCAGAGGUUCAUCUCCGACCCUUCGAUAUUGUUUCCGCCUCCAAGGGCGAUUCCACAUGGCGUGACAGCCUGACUAAAUUUCAUUCGUUUGCUCUGACCGAAUGGACCCGAGUCUUGGCUUUUGAUUCGGAUUCUCUCGUUCUCAACUCGAUGGACCAUUACUUCCUCAGCCCGCUAGCCCCGAUCGCCGUGCCCCGUGCCUACUGGCUGACUGAGAAGGGCAAGGACGUGGACAUCGCCAAGCAAGUACUUGGGUCGCAUGUCAUGCUCCUGGAGCCCAAUGAGGGUCGUUAUCAAAAGAUCAUUGAAGAAGCUAAGCGAUCUGGAGAUUUUGAUAUGGAAGUUGUCAAUCACUUGUUUCAAGACUCGGCCAUGAUUCUCCCUCACCGCAGGCUUGCCCUCUUAACCGGAGAGUUUCGAAACAAGGAUCAUUCCAAGUAUUUGGCACCGGAUGUGGAUGAGGAGUGGAACGCUAUGGGUGAGGUUUCGCGGUCUGUCUUGGUCCAUUUUAGUGACUGGCCUCUGCCGAAGCCGUGGAAACAUAGGACCAAGCAGGAAUUCGAGAGUAUUAUGCCGGAGUGUCCAGACGAUGACAUGGGAGCUCCGGACAGACCUAGAUGUGCCGAUCGAAUGAUGUGGACGGGGUUUUAUGAAGACUAUGACUCAGCGAAAGAGGCGUAUUGUUCGAUCUUGCACGAG